UUGGAAAUUCAAAAUUAGAUGGCACAGAUUGACUUCCAUAGCACUUUAUGACCCUGUUUUGCACAGCUGACCCUCACUUCGCACUUUUCUACUCCAGCAUGCAGAGGUCACGUGACUGCAGGUUUUGUCCACCCUCUCCUCCUCAGAUCCAGACCCUCCAUGUCCUCUUUGGACCGCCGUACAAACAUGAGGUUUCCUCGCAGUGCGCUCCACAGGCGCUGCGCUCAGGCGCUGCUCGUAUGUGCGCCACCUAAAGCGGGUCGUUCCUCCUCUUCGCGGACUUUGGCCCCCUGACUCUGAAAGGUUCCUGAUAAGGCAGACAGCGUGGGACCAGCUGCUGGAACCAUGUUCUCUCCGAAGUCUCCGAAAAGUCUCUCCAAGUAUGUCUCCAGACCGGCGCAGGGCUCCGGGGAGCAGAUCUGUAUGGUGGAGCCGAAUCCGGACUUCAGCAGCAGCUCCAGACCGAAGGUGGGUGACCUCUUUGAAAGAGUUUAAAACGGGUUUAAGAAGUAGAAAAGUCUGUUUGGGUCCGGAGGUGGAUCUGAAAGACCUCCGAGCUCUUUAAGGACCCAGAUUAUCAUUAAAGGCGCAUUUGAAAGAGUGAUUUACAGGAUUGGGAAGGCUUUGGUCAGAGGUAAUUUAGGGUGAAAAGAGUCCAAAUAACUUGUACAUGAAAUCUCUGUUAACGUUUAACUACAUUUGUUUAAGGUCAAUCAUGUCAGAAAUGAGGUUUAAAAGUCCUAAUUUAGAUCAUUUAAAACCUUAAAUAACAUUUUAAUCAAUACUUUAAAGUUUUAUCGGUUAAAAUUUUAAGUCUUUUUUGAAAAAAAUUGAUAUAAAAACCUUUAUAAUGUUUUCUAGGGUAUCUAGGUCAGAUAUAUCUAUAAUAAACCCUGAUGGAGUCAAAGACAGGUGCAGACCUUCUAGGUUCUGUCUAGGGCUGGGCGGUAAAACAAUAACAAUAUAUAUCAAUAAUUGAUUUCCCUCAAUAUCAAUAUAAAACACGAUCAAUGUGCGUUUUUGAUUGUCGGUGUUCUGUCAUGAUUAGGAGUGAGGUGGAGCUUUUAUUUUGGUAAACAAACAUUGAAGUUGAGCUUUUAUUUUGGUAAAUAAACAUUGAAGUGGAGCUUUUAUUUUGGUAAAUAAACGUUGAAGUGGAGCUUUUAUUUUGGUAAAUAAACAUUGAAAUGGAGCUUUUAUUUUGGUAAAUAAACGUUGAGGUGGAGCUUUUAUUUUGGUAAACAAACGUUGAGGUGGAGCUUUUAUUUUGGUAAAUAAACGUUGAGGUGGAGCUCUUAUUUUGUUUCUACAUGAAAUCUCUUUUAAUGUUUAAUCAUAUUUGUCUGAAAGCUUUUAGGGUCAAUAAUUUGAUUUUAAUCUUUUUAAUUAGUCAGAAAUUUGUUUUAAAAGUCCUAAUUUAGAUCAUUUAAAAACUUGAUUAACUAUUGUUUUAUCGACACAUUUUGGGGUUAAAAAAAGUCUUUUUUAAGAAAUUGGAUCUAAAAACGUUUUUAGUCUCUUAAAGAGUUUUCAAGGAUAUCUAGGUCAUAUAUAUCUAUAAUAAACCCUGAUGGAGGCAGAGACAGGUGCAGACUUCUGAGCGGUAGAGUUUGGAUUUAAAGAUCUGGACAGAUUAAAGGUUCAGGUGUUCGCUGAAAUCUUAGACCCCCGUCUCUGUAGGAUGAAUCAGCUCUCUGUUUCAGACCUGGACCAGAACCAGAACCGGGUGAUUAUGGGAAAGGUACCAUAUCUCAUCUCAUGGUAUCGCCCUUGUGACCAAUCAGGAUUGAGUAUUUAACACAGCUGGGUUCGACAGAGGCAGGUCAUGAAUGAGAAUCUGACCAGAACAAACUCUUUCUGGACUUCGAGAGUCCCUCAAAGCGGCCCUGAACCACAGAUUGGGCCUCACUGAAGCUGAUCGGACUCUGUGGACCCAAAGAUAGAGACACUUUGAACACUGCAAAAAAGGGGGGUCUGAAAACAAGAUAAAAACAAGAUAAAAACAAGAUAAAAACACUAAAAACAAGAUAAAAACACUAAAAACAAUACCCAGUAUUAGUGAAGAAUGACUAAACUCUGAUCUUGAAACAAGGCUUACUGAAUCUGAAAACAAGAUUCCUUUGGAUGAGACUAGAACUGAUUUGAACAGUUAUUUUUCUCAUGUGAAGAUUUCCUGACUAUUGGAGACAAACAGAAGAGAAGGUUGUUGGAGAGAAGAUUCAGUCUUAAUUUUGGUCUCAGGUGGGUCAGAAACUCCUGUCCUGACCCUGAUGUCAAAGUCCUGGUUCCUCCAGGUUCACUGACCCACUUCUCUCUGGGACGUCGUUGUUGUUGGUGAAUAUUGACUCGGAGCUGAGUCACGCUGGGAGGAUUAUGUGAAGAGCAGGUCAUGUGAUUUUCAACCCUAAACUGGCAAGGCUGGACUUUCCUGAACCGGGGUCACAGGGAGAUCCGGAUCAGAGAUGACAGCGUGGAUUUAGAGACCCUUAAUUUAAAGUUUCAGAUCUAAUCUCUUAUGGUCGGGGCUUUCUUCCCGGGUACAAUGACGGGAACAGUUCGCCGAGACGUGGGAUUAACGGAGGAGGAAGAAGAUUAGGAGGCGAGUCCUUCGUGUUUGAUUUCAGCUCCAGCUUUUAUUUUGGUAGAUAAGGACUGAGGUGAAACUUUUAUUUUGGUAGAUCAGGACUGAAGUGGAGCUUUUAUUUUGGUAGAUCAGGGUUAGGGUGGAGCUUUUAUUUUGGUAGAUUAGGACUGAAGUGGAGCUUUUAUUUUGGUAGAUUAGGACUGAGGUGGAGCUCUUAUUUUGGUAGAUCAUGAUUUUGGUAUUUUAGGCUGUUAAAGUUAAAUUUUAAUCUGAUCUUAAACCAGCAUGUUUGUCUGACUUUAAUCUUCCAAAUACAUUUGUAGACAUGAUUAUUUCUAGACUGAACAAUCUUCAUUCAAGAAAUCUGGUUUAGUGAAAUGAUCUUGCUGCAUGGACAGAUCAUUUAUCUUGUUUUUAUCUUGUUUUUAGACGCUCCUUUUUUGCGGUGUCCAGAUUACUCACCUCCCGUCAGCGACCGUAGAGCGUACCAGAAUGGUAUACUGGAGUAAGAUGGACGCCGCUGACUCUGCCUCGUAGAGUCCUCUAGUCUUUCUUGUAUCUAUGGUCCCGGUGACCCAAAGUGACUCUGAAUUCUCUCUCCUCUCCUCCCAGAAAAACGGACCGGACUUUGAGAAACAGGGUCUGGAGAACUUGGCGUAUGAGUAUGGGAGUCAGAGUGAACUCUACCCUCCACCCAGAACCUCCUCCAGAACCUCCCCCAGAACCUCCUCCUCUGUGGACUACGACCCCUCAGUGACCGCGGGCUUUAAGGUGGAGUCAGCGGUCCGGAUCAGGGUGGACGGGAUGCACUGUCAGUCGUGUGUUCAGGCCAUCGAGGGCCGCCUCGGGGUCCUACCUGGAGUUUCACACGUUCAGGUGUCUCUUCAGGAGGGUCUGGUUCUCAUCGGGUUCCAGCCCGCCCUGGUCACACCGCAGGAACUGGGUCAGAACAUCGAGGAGAUGGGCUUUGAAGCCGCCGUCCUGGCUGAUGGUCCACCUGGACCGGACAUGUUCAUGAUGACCACGGUCUGGAUCUCAGGGAUGACCUGCGGCUCCUGUGUCCAGUCUAUAGAGGGGAGGGUCUCCCAGAUGGCGGGAGUCCGGUCUGUCGUGGUUUCACUGCAGGAGGGAAAGGGAAUGGUGACCUUUGACCUCGGUCUGACGGAGCCGGAGAAGAUCAGGGCGGCGAUCGAGGACAUGGGCUUCGAGGCGUCACUGGACGGUAGGAACUCUGAGAGAAGGGGGGGCGGGGUUAGUGAGGGAACUGAGACCAUGUUUAGUGUGGACCCAGGUCCGAGAUGACAUCAUAAACCUGGUUCUGAUUUAAGGUUAAGGGUCGGCGUUUAAAAAGUGAGCCGUCUCCACGACGAACGCUCUCUGCACCGCGCUUCGAGCUGCAGAGCAAACAGGACACCUGACCUUCAGCUCUCCUCAGUUUCCAUGCGUUACCAUAGAAACCAGACCAAGUAUGCUCUCCAGAGCGGCGUGGAGGGCUCUUAUGGUCGGGGCUUUCUUCCCGGGUAGAAUGACGGGAACAGUUUGCCAAGACGCCGGAUUAACGAGGAAGGAAGAAGAUUAGGAGGCGAGUCUUUCGUGUUUGAUUUCAGCUCCAGCUUUUAUUUUGGUAGAUCAGGACUGAGGUGGAGCUUUUAUUUUGGUAGGUUAGGACUGAGGUGGAGCUUUUAUUUUGGUAGAUCAGGACUGAGGUGGAGCUUUUAUUUUGGUAGAUCAGGACUGAGGCUGAGCUUUUAUUUUGGUAGAUCAGGACUGAGGCUGAGCUUUUAUUUUGGUAGAUCAGGACUGAGGUGGAGCUUUUAUUUUGGUAGAUCAGGACUGAGAUGGAGCUUUUAUUUUGGUAGGUCAGGACUGAGGUGGAGCUUUUAUUUUGGUAGAUCAGGACUGAGAUGGAGCUUUUAUUUUGGUAGGUCAAGAACUGAGAUGGAGCUUUUAUUUUGGUAGAUCAGGACUGAGGUGGAGCUUUUAUUUUGGUAGGUCAAGAACUGAGAUGGAGCUUUUAUUUUGGUAGAUCAGGACUGAGAUGGAGCUUUUAUUUUGGUGGAUCAGGACUGCGGUGGAGCUUUUAUUUUGGUAGGUCCUGUCCUGUUUUUUUUCUGACUUUAUAAACAGGAAAUGAGACUUUAUCAGUUAGUUUGACCGCAGCAAUAAAAGCAGCAGAGAGUUCAAAACAACAACGACCGUAAAACCGUAAAACCGUAAAACCAUAAAACCGUCACAUGAGGCGAUGACAUCACAAACCACCGCAGCUGGACUGAGACACGGCGCUGAGACCUCCCUCUGUGGACCUGCUGUCAGGGUCAGCUGUUGUUCAUUUAACCACCUGACAGCCACAGAUGGAGCUGAUUGGUCCGUUUGUGUUACCUUCUCUCUCUCUAUUACUGCAGAGGCGACAAAGACCCCCCAGCAGCCUGAAAAGCCCAAACCCGUUGGUUCUGGACCCUUUGACCCUGUGGACCUUGAGUCAGGGGUCGGUAAUGGCGCUGCAGGCCCGGUCGCCUCGAAGACGUCGGUUCAGAAGUGCUUCCUCUGUGUGACGGGGAUGACCUGCGCCUCCUGCGUGGCCAACAUCGAGAAGAACCUGCUCAAACACCCGGGUCAGAACCGAGUCCGGUUUUUAUAUUCAGUCUAGACUCAUAAGGGUGCCGAGUUCUGACCUUGACUUUGACCUCCAGGGAUCGUCUCAGUGCUGGUGUCCCUCAUGGCGGGGAAAGCAGAAGUGAAGUACGACUCGGCGGUCCUGAACGCGGCCGCCGUCUCCCGGCUCGUGGAGGAUCUGGGUUAUGGAUCCAGACUGAUCGAGGACAGUGAGGACACUCAGGGCCGACUGGACCUCACGGUGAGUCCUCAUGUCUCAUAAACCAGGAUGAGGUCUCAGAUGUCUCCUCUGAACCCAGAAUCUUCUCCUCUCAGAUCACCGGGAUGACGUGCGCUUCCUGCGUGCACAACAUCGAGUCCAGGCUCGCCUCCACCAAAGGGAUCCUCGGGGCCUCCGUCGCCCUGGCAACCAAGAAAGCACAAGUCCGAUUUGACCCCGAAGUUCUUGGAGCUCGAGACAUCAUCAAGAUCAUCCAGGUAGUCCGACCCGGUGAUUUUGAACCCGUGUGCCGCCGCCAUGAGAGAUCGUGAUGGAAGAACUGAAUCUUUAGAAUCUGUUCAUAAAAAAGAUUCGUUCAAAAGAUUCGUUCAAAAGAUUCGUUCACUGAAUCAGUCAGUGCUUCAGAGCCCCGUCCUGUCAGUGCAGUGCGCCAGUGAGUGACACAGCGGCGAGUUCGUUCAACGAACAAGCCCCUCCCCUUUCCUAAUACUUUGAUAGAAAAUUCAUAGUAACUGUCAGAAAAAUAAUUCUAUAUCUGACUUGCAGCAGGCUGAGAAGAACGACCGAGAUAGUGGACUUCUUUUUCUUCCAUAUCUUUUACUUGCACCCCGCCCACUAACAUCAUGACAUUACAACAGUAUCCAAACAGGGUCCAGGUCUCAGCUGUGGUCUGGACCGGGAGAACAAAGACAGCUUAGUUCAGCCUCAGGUUCCUGCUUAUCAGUUCAGUGUCACACUGUUGGGAAAACAACCUGUGAGUGGAAUUAUAGCGCUCAUCUAGUCGCAUGGCUUCAGCGGAAAAGUAUCAUCUCCAAGGUCAUACUUCUCCUUUCCCGUGCUCAUUAAAAAGAAACAGAUAUGACUCUGCAAGUAUUCACACCAAGGGAGUUUCAGUAAAUAAAGAUUAAUAUACUUAUAUAAUGAUAAAAUACACGUGUGAUAGCAUACAUAUACGAUUUUCUUUCAGUAACGUAUGAAAAAAAUCAUGUUACAGUUUGUUAAAAAAUGUCAAAGUCUAGUAUAAAAAAAUGUCAUAGUGCAGUAUGUUAAAAAAAAUUCAUAGUAUCGUAUGAUGAAAAUGUCCAUUUUUGUAAAUUAAAAAAUGUCAGUAUAGCAUGUUAUAAAAUGUUAUAGAAUGAUAAAAAAAAAAUGUCAAAGUAUAGUAAUAUUGAUUUAUACCAUUGAAUGCCUCCAUUUUAGCUAUAAUUAAAAUGGUAUUAAAAACUGUAAUAAUUUCUUUCUGUGUUCGGCCUCGGUUUCCUCAUUUUCAGGUUUCCUCAUUUUCGGUGUAUUCCUACGUUCUCUAGUAUAUCCUGUGUUCGGCUGUAAAGUGUCAUUUUGGUUAAAUGUCAAAAAUGUUUCGUGGUUCCAAAAAGGUUGUGAAACACUGAUCUAACCCCUGUGGGUCCACUCCUCCUCUCCUCUUUUAAUCAAACCUGAUGGUUUUUUCAGGGUCUUGGUUUCGAGGCCAGUCUGGUGAAGGCCGGUUUCAAGAACAACCUGGACCACUCAGAAGAAAUUAGACAGCAAGUAUCUGGUUUUCACUGUCCUGCUCAUCAGAACCUGGAUCUUCUUCUGAACCAGAUCAUCUUAAAGUUCAGGUGUCUGAUCCUCCAGGUGGAAAAACUCGUUCCUGCUCAGCCUGAUCUUCGGUCUGCCCGUCAUGGGUCUGAUGAUCUACAUGAUGGUGAUGGACAGUCAGCACCAGGAACACGGAGGAUCCAUGCCUGAGGAGCAGAACCUGCUGCCCGGACUCUCCCUCCUCAACCUGGCCUUCUUCCUGCUCUGUACACCUGUGCAGGUAAGACGCUGGAUCUGAAGCGGUUUGUGAUGUUCCAGCAUCUUUCUGAAACAGGUAGUGGAGGUCACCGCAUGGACUCAGAAUCACCUCAGGAUCUGUCAACUCAGUUUUUUUUUUACUUUCUUUUUUUAUUGAUUUUUUCUAUUUUUAUUGAUCCUUUUUUUUACUUUCUUUUUUAUUGAAUUGACAUAUUAAUAUUCAAUCAACAUUUAACAUAUAUUGAACAAAUUUCAAACUGUUUAAAAUAUUUACAUACUUCUCCAUCUACAGUGAGACAGAAAUUCUAAAAACAAAGGAAAGUUAAAUAAAUAAAGUAAAAAUAAAUCAAAUAAAGUUAAAGUUAGAAAUAAAGUCAAAAUUAAAAAAUUUAAGUUUAAGUUAAAAAUAAAGUAAAAAUAAAUAAAGUUCAAAUAAAAAAAUAAAGUUAAAGUUAAAAAUAAAUUUAAUAUAAAUUUAAAAAAGCUAUAGUUAAAAUUAACGUUAAAAAAGUAAAGUUAAAGUUAAAAUAAAGUCAAACUAAAUUCAAGUUUAAAAUAAAUUUUUAAAAAAUAAAUUAAGUAAAGUUAAAAAUAAAUAAAAUUAAAGUUAAAAAUUAAGUUAAAAUAAAUAAAGUUACAGUUAAAAAUUAAGUAAAGAUAAAUAAAGUUAAAGUUAAAAAUAUAGUGAAAAUAAAUAAAGUUCCCUUUUGUCGUAUCCGUUGACUCAGGGGCUCCAAAUAGAGAGAGUAAAUCGUGGCGGUCUGAUUGUGAACUCAGUUUUUGUCACUCAGAUCUGGUCUUCUCAUUGACUCAGUCCUGUUCCUGGUCCUGGUCCCCCCUCCCCCUCCAGGUCUUUGGAGGCAGGUAUUUCUACAUCCAGGCGUACCGCUCGUUAAAACACCGCACCGCCAACAUGGACGUCCUGAUCGUUUUGGCCACCUCCAUUGCCUACAUCUACUCCUGCGUGGUCCUGGUCGUGGCGAUGGCGGAGCGAGCCAAUCAGAGCCCGGUCACCUUCUUCGACACUCCGCCCAUGCUGUUUGUGUUCAUCGCUCUGGGUCGAUGGCUGGAGCACGUGGCUAAGGUACCGAACUCGUGUUACCUUUGAAGGUGUGAGGUUCUGACUCUGAAGCUCCGCCCCUUUUCCUCUCUGUUUCUGUUUUCAGAGUAAAACCUCCGAGGCUUUGGCCAAGCUCAUGUCGCUUCAAGCCACUGACGCCACCGUGGUCACUCUAGGUCCAGACCACGCCAUCAUCAGGUGACUCACAGGAAACCAAACACUCUGUUGACCUGGAGAUACCUGUGAACCCUCCGUCUGAACAGGUGUGUGUGUGUGUGUGUGUGUGUGUGUGUGUGUGUGUGUGUGUGUGUGUCUCUCAGCGAGGAGCAGGUGGUGGUGGAUCUGGUCCAGAGAGGUGACAUCGUCAAAGUGGUCCCUGGAGGAAAGUUCCCCGUGGACGGGAAGGUGAUCGAGGGGAGUUCCAUGGCGGACGAGUCCUUGAUCACAGGUGAGUGGGCGGGUCACACCUGCCGGGCAGUGACACGGACUUCCUGGAGGUUCCCGAUAAAUUUCCGACUCCUGAGGACAACUGUAACAUGAUUCCUCGUGUGUUUACCUGAACCAGGUGAGCCGAUGCCCGUCAGUAAGAAGGUGGGCAGCUUGGUGAUCGCCGGCUCCAUAAACGCUCAUGGCGCUCUGUUGGUGGAGGCUACGCAUGUGGGGGCGGACACGACGCUGUCCCAGAUCGUCAAACUGGUGGAGGAGGCCCAGACCUCUAAAGUAAGACCCCGAUCAGGUUUUGAGUCACAUGAGAAAAUCAGCUGAUUCAUGUUCAAACCAAAGUCCACCCUGACUCUCUCCUCUGGACUCUGCCGGGUCCGCUCAGGCCCCCAUCCAGCAGUUUGCAGACCGGAUCAGCGGGUACUUCGUGCCCUUCAUCGUGGUCGUCUCCCUGCUCACUCUUCUGGCCUGGCUCGCCGUCGGGUUCGUGGACUUUGACAUCGUGAAAGAAAACUUCCCGGUAAAAAUAAAAGUUUGUUAGAAAAGUUUCAAAAUAAAAGCCUCAAAGAUCUCCAUGGUAACCAUCUUUGGUUCUCCUCAGGGGUACAACCAGAACAUCUCCAGAGCCGAGGUCAUCGUCCGCUUCGCCUUCCAGGCAUCCAUCACCGUGCUCGCCAUCGCCUGCCCCUGCUCUCUGGGGCUGGCGACCCCGACAGCUGUGAUGGUGGGAACCGGGGUGGGAGCGCAGAACGGGAUCCUGAUCAAAGGAGGAGAACCGCUGGAGAUGGCCCACAAGGUCGGUCCGAGAGCUCCUAGAGUUUUUAUCAACAAUCAUCAACAAACAUGUGACGGACUGCUCCUUUAACUCUCGACUGACACCCGGUGGCCUGUGGGUGUUACUGCAGGACAACUCCGAGCUCAGAGUCUUUUGGUCCAAAGACUUUAACCCUCCGGGGCUCUUUGGACAUUUUUGUGACUUUUUAACUUUCGUUUCUUGAUCUUUUCGGCUGAGUUUGUGCACAUGGGAUGUUUUUUUUUUAGGGUUUUUUUUUUCUUUCCAAAUUUUAAAACUUGACCACCCAUCAGUUUUGGUCAAUACUGACCACAUCAGGUGACAGAAACACGAUACGUUCAGGUCCUUAGACGGACAAAAAUGUCUAUCUCCUAAAAGUACAAUAAAAAUAUUAUACAUUAAUAUUUUUUUCCACUUUUUUUUUUCUCAAAUCUUUUAAUCAACUUCAUUCCUGAUCAUAUCUUUCAAAUGUUAAUUUAUUUUCAUGAUUUUUAACCCUUUAAAUGCCAGUUUGACCGUCUGACGUCACUGUUCAUUUUAAUAGGAAAAAAACAGGAAUUUGGAGUUAUUUUCUAGAUAUUUAAUGCCGGGCAGGAAUUUCCUUGUUUAUAUGGCAGCCUAUGGUGGGUCAAUAAUUACCAACAAAACUGGUUUGAUGCUUUCUUAUUUUUUGUGUCAUGCCUGAUAGAAAAAUGUAGAUUAAAAAAAUUCCACUGAAGCCUUUGGAUCAAAUCUACCGAACAUGUUUCUGUUUCACUUUAAAAAAACAAACUCUUUAAACGCCCGUUAACUCUUUUUUAAGGACCCCUGAGGUUAAAACUCAGCUGUGACUCUCUCGCUCCAAACGCUGGAUUUAACCCUUCGUUUCCUGGAGCCUUUUGGUUUUUACUAACCCAUAAAUAAAAGGACGUCUGAUAACAGAUUUUUAAUGACCGCUGUUUUCUGUUUCCUUAGAUCGGCGUGGUGAUGUUCGAUAAAACCGGCACCAUCACUAACGGCGUCCCGCGGGUCACUCGUGUGCUGGUGUUGUGGGAAGUGGCCCGCAUGCCUCUGAGGAAGAUCCUGGCGGUGGUGGGCACGGCGGAGGCCAGCAGCGAGCACCCGCUGGGGAUGGCGGUGGCCAAACACUGCAAAGAGGUGAGACUGAGCGCGUGCGGACUGAGUUAGUACGUCUGUGAGCCGGUCUUGAAGUCCAGGUUUUGUCUCUGCAGGAGCUGGGAUCAGACCUGCUGGGUUACUGUCAGGACUUCCAGGCGGUUCCGGGCUGCGGGAUCAGCUGUCGGGUUUGCGCCGUGGACCAUCUGCUGCAGCCGCAGAGCGAGCAGAAGUUCCUGCUGCCCGGCGCCACGACAGAUGAAAGCAGACUGAUGGUUCCUGCGGAGGACGAGUCUGCAGGUCUGAGAGUCAGGGACCGAGUCCUCUGUGCUGGAUCAGAACCCUGAAACCCCUCUGAGACUUUAUCUCCUCUGGACUUUUAGGCGAGCCCGCCCCGUACUCGGUUCUGAUCGGGAACAGAGAGUGGAUGAGGAGGAACGGUCACCACAUCCAGGCGGACGUCGACGCCGCCAUGUCCAGUCAUGAAACCAAAGGACAGACGGCGAUCCUGGUGGCCAUCGACGGUGAGAGAACCGCCCUGCAAAAAAAAAACAAGAUAAAACAAGAUCAAUGAUCUGUCCAUGCAGCAAGAUCAUUUCACUGAACAAGAUUUCUUGAAUGAAGAUUGUUCGGUCUAGAAAUCCCCCACAAUCCCUUUAGUCCCCGACCUGCACGUUCUGACCUCUGACCUUCCUCUGCAGGUGUUUUAUGCGCCAUGAUCGCCAUCGCAGACACCGUGAAGCCCGAGUCGGCGUUGGCGGUCCACACGCUCUACAGCCAGGGCAUCGAGGUGGUCAUGAUCACAGGAGACAACAAACGCACGGCUAAAGCCAUCGCCGCACAGGUAAGACACACACCUGUAGAGACAGGGGAGGGGUCAAAAGGUCAAAAGAGGUCAGGGUGACCUUGAGGUCUGGGUCUGGUCUCAGGUGGGGAUCAGGAAGGUGUUCGCGGAGGUUCUGCCCUCACAUAAAGUGGCGAAAGUCCAGGAGCUGCAGGAGCGAGGUCUGAGGGUGGCCAUGGUGGGAGACGGCGUCAACGACUCGCCGGCCCUCGCUCGGGCUGACGUCGGCAUCGCCAUCGGGACGGGCACGGACGUGGCCAUCGAGGCGGCGGACAUCGUCCUGAUCAGGGUGAGUCAGACUCUGAGAGUGAGCGGAGAGAGCGAGACGCUGAAGAACGAGUCAAACCCGAGUUUUCUUCACUCGACAGAACGACCUGCUGGACGUGGUGGCGAGUAUCGAGCUGUCCAAGAAGACGGUGAGGAGGAUCAGGGUCAACUUCGUCUUCGCUCUGAUCUACAACCUCUUAGGGAUCCCCAUCGCCGCAGGCGUCUUCAUGCCCGUGGGCCUGGUUCUGCAGCCCUGGAUGGGUUCUGCCGCCAUGGCGGCGUCCUCUGUGUCGGUGGUUCUGUCGUCUCUGCUGCUCCGACUGUGAGUCUGAUCUCACCUCGUCAGUACGGCUGCACCGAACGAUUAUUUUUUAAUCAAUUAAUCUAACGAUCAUUUCUUUAUCAAUUAAUCCAACGAUUAUUUUUUAUGGAUUAAUCUUAUUAUUAUUAUUUAUUCCAUUAGUCGACUAAACGAUCGACUGAUUUAUCGUUUAUCUAGCAAUAUGUUUUUAUCAAUUAUUAUAACGAAAAGUUUUUCAUCGAUUAACGAAUAUUUUCUGAUAAGUUGACUAAUCUAUAGGCUAAUUUAUUGAUUAUUCUAAUGAUUAUUUAUUUAUCGAUGAAUCAAACAAUGAAGAUGAUGAUGAUGAUGAUGAGGAUGAUGGUGAAGAUGAUGAUGAUGGUGAUGAAGAUGAUGAUGAUGAUGGUGAUGAUGAUGAUGAGGAUGAUGAUGAUGAUGAUGAAGAUGAUGAUGGUGAUGAUGGUGAUGAUGGUGAUGAAGAUGAUGAAGAUGAUGAUGGUGAU